UGUUACCCGGAGAUCUGAGGAGGUGUACAGAAGUUUGUUCCAGCCCCUGAAGGUGUCGCGCCACCAGUUCAAGCGAGUUAUCAACUGCAUGAAGCUCAUCCGCUACGUCAAGUUCCAGGAGAUUUACGCCCAGGAGAAGAUCACCAGAGUUGACUCUCUCUCUCUCGUGCUCUCUGGCAGACUGGUCAUCAGCCAGAACGGACGAGCGCUGCACAUCGUCUCCCAACACCAGUUCCUCGACUCCCCUGAGUGGUUCGGGGUCUCCACCGACGAGUUCUUUCAGGUGUCCGCGACGGCCAUCGAGGACUCGCGGGUACUCAUCUGGCACAGGGACAAGCUCAAGCUCACUAUCAUGGGGGACCAGUUCCUGCAGGCGGUGUUCGACCAUAUCCUGGGGCGCGACGUGGUCAAGAAGCUGAUGCAGAUUGCAGAGUUUAGAAGAUUACCGGAGGCGGCGGGGCGGACACCCAGCGAGGUGGAGGUGGACCUGGAGGUUAACGAGAGUCUGUCUGGGAUGGGUAAUGGCCACUGCGUUGCCAACCUAUCUGAUGACAGCGAGAGUAAGCCGCUGCUGGUGGUGAAGAAAGGGGAGGAGUCUGGGAGCAUUACAGCUAUAAUCAACCGACAGUUGCAGGGUGGUGACGACGAUGAGGAGAGCCUUCUCGAGCACCAGUUGGAAGCUGCCGUGGUGGUGGGCGCUGAGGGUCUUGCUCCUCUCUCCAGUUAAUGACGCUCCUCCGUGGAGACUCGGACGCAUUGAGGAAACAGAUCAGGAGACUCCAGUAUGAGCCGCAUGAACUGGGGUCUCCCCUCCUCAACGCCUUCAAGCUCUUCGCCCCACAGCUGGAGAACGUCGAG